CUCCAGAAGAAAAUAUUUUCGUCAACAAAAAAAAUAAAUAUUCCCAUGACUUCGUAAAAUAAAACAUUGCUGGACAAAUAUUGCCAUGGAUCCUAUGUUUUUGGCAUAUAGUUACUUCAGAAGGCGAAAAUACCAGAAAUGUGAUGAAAUAUGUUCUCAGCUACUAGAGAAAAAUCCUUAUGACCAGUCAGCAUGGGCAUUAAAGACAAGAGCCUUAACAGGUCAAGUAUAUGUCGAUGAAGUAGAUGUUGAUGAAGAAGGUAUAGCAGAAAUGGUUAUGGAUGACAAUGCUAUAGCCACUGUAGCUCGUCCCGGUACUUCUUUAAGAAAACCUGGCACAGGUCAAGGACUACCUAGUCAAGGUGUAAGACCAGUUACUAAUUCAGGUCGUCCUGUUAGUGGGUUUGUGCGUCCAGGUACACAGUCUGGUCGACCUGGUACUAUGGAACAAGCCAUUAGGACACCCCGUACAGCGCACACAGCAAGACCUGUUACAAGUGCUUCUGGAAGAUUUGUAAGACUUGGGACAGCUUCAAUGUUGUCUACACCUGAUGGACCAUUCAUUAAUCUAGCAAGAUUAAAUUUCUCAAAAUAUGCUGCCAGACCAAAUUUAGCUAAAGCUUUGUUUGAGUAUAUAUUUCAUCAUGAAAAUGAUGUCAGAAAUGCAUUAGAAUUGGCUUCACUGGCAACAGAGGCCUGUCAGUUUAAAGAUUGGUGGUGGAAAGUUCAACUUGCUAAAUGUUACUACAGACUAGGUAUGUUCCGAGAAUCUGAAUCACAAUUAAAAUCGGCCAUCAAACAACAGGAGAUGAUUGAUUCGUUUCUAUAUCUGGGUAAAGUUUACGUUCGACUAGAUCAGCCACUUAGAGCUGUAGAUAUAUAUAAACAAGGCUUGGAAAAAUUUCCAGGGGAAACAACUCUACUGACAGGAAUAGCCAGAAUACAUGAGGGUUUAAAUGAAUUGGACGAUGCUGUGAAAUUUUAUAAAGAUGUUUUACAUUUUGAUAAUAUGCAUGUGGAGGCCAUAGCUUGUAUAGCAACACAUCAUUUUUAUACAGAUCAACCAGAAGUAGCUCUCAAAUUCUACAGGCGAUUAUUACAAAUGGGUGUUUAUAAUACAGAAUUGUUUAAUAAUCUUGGUCUAUGUUGUUUUUAUGCCCAGCAGUAUGACAUGACGUUAACUUGUUUUGAAAGAGCUCUAUCAUUGGCUGAUGACACAACGUCGGGUGAUGUCUGGUUCAAUAUCGGCCAUGUUGCUUUAGGUAUAGGAGAUGUGAAUUUAGCAUAUCAGUGUUUCCGUAUGUCAUUAGCUAGUAAUAACGACCAUGCUGAAGCCUAUAACAAUCUGGGCGUGUUAGAGUUGAGAAGGGGGCACAUUGAGGAGGCCAGAGCAUUUUUCCAAGCAUCGUUUGUAUUAGCACCACAUAUGUAUGAACCACAUUAUAACUUUGCUGCCCUAGCUGAUCAGUUGGGUGAUCUACAGAGUAGUUAUAAUGCAGCAAAAAGAGCAGUUGAUGCAUAUGAAGGCCAUGUUGAUUCAAAAGAACUUAUCCAACAACUUAAACAACAUUUCACACUUCUUUAAUUUAUUAUUCUUAUCUAUUGUAGAAAUUUUGUUGGUGUUUGUAUUUCCGUCCUAUUCCCAUAUUUCCAUGUCAAGCAGCAUAAUUUAUUUUUUAUUUACCAUUUUACUUUAAAUGACAACUGAAUUUAUGAUUGAAUUUAGAAUAUGUACACUGAUUUGUACAUAUAGAACUGUGUUGAUUAUUGUUUGUCACCACCAGUGGUUUAGCUGCAGUUAAUGCCAUAAGUAACAAUUCUUAAGUUAACCUUCAUUUUUAUUUUUUGGACAAUAUCUAAUUUUUUACAACCUUAUCCAAUAUACUCAGUUCGAUUAAUUUACAUUUAAUUAAGAAAUGAAAUGGGGUUUAACAUCCGACUGUUCUGCUCCGAACUGGACUAAUAAAGACUGGCUUACGCCAUACAGUGUGCUAUGAGAGAAUUUUUGCCCAGACAGCAGUACUACGCCUACUCUUAUAUCGAAUUUCAUCUGUCAAGGGAUCUUUUACAUGCAUGCCAAUUUGUACAUGGGACCUUGGUUUUUCAUACCAUUCAAGCAACUAGACAGCUGUCCUUGUCAGGUCCUCCAUCCUGCAUCACUGACAUUUAAUUAAGAAAACAACAUCAAAAUAUGAAUGGUAGAUAAUUUCCCGGUUUGGUUCCGAUUUAAUUAAAAAGAGGCCAUAUCUUUGUAAAUACUGAAUGGAAUUGAACCAUUUUCGGACUAAUAAUUUCAUUUAGAGAUUCAACUUUUACAAUAUUGUGGUUUGCACACGAUUCACAUUCCUUCAAAUGCCAGUAUGAGACUUUCUUAUGUAUAAAAUACCCACAAUAAAUUCAAACUUGCAAAUAAUGUUCAGGUUUGUUUUGAUUCCUAAGCUAUUCACAUACAGCUAGGUUCUGGGGCAGAACAAUCUAGUUAUGUAAACUAUACUUGUUAAUUGUUCCUGAAAUAAAAACAUAAUAGUGUUAAACUAUCCUGGUUAAUGAGUCAGUAGAUUGGUUUACAGAAAUUCUUACUGCAUCCUAAAAUCAGAUUCUGUAAACAAAAAAUCCCCAAACAAACAAUAAUAGAAGGCUGAAUACCAGGAAGAAUUAUGUUUUAUUUGUCAUUUGGCCAAAAAAUAAAAUUUCAUGCAUAAAGUAUGGUAGAUUUGUUUGAUUUAUGAGUAAAGUAAUCUACAAUUGUGUUGUUCUCACGUCAGCAAUGUUAAACAUUCCGUCCUAAUUUUUUGUGAUAUUUAUGAAAUGUGUCUUUAUUGCUUUACUACACAUAGUUGUACAUUUUUGUUGUUAUUCAAAAUAAUGUGUUAUAUAUGUAUAUAAUAUAUCAUGAAAACAUAAAGAACUAAAACAGCAA